AUGUCAUUCUUUGCUCCUUGGAAGGCAAUAGGUGAUGCCCCUACAGAUCCUUCCUCCUCUUCUAAUCAACAAUCAUCUUCCGGUCCAAUCACUGCUCCUGGGGGUUGGUCAAGCUUAUUAACUUGGCGUCCACAAAGACAAGGUCCAACCAUUUCAGCAUCAUCUUCAAAUGAAAUGUUUAUUGAUGCCGAUACAAGUCAAAUGAAUGCUUUCAAUGACAGAUAUUAUACCACCAGAUCACCAAGUUCAAAGACAACAAAGGCAAAGUAUAACUACGAUAUCGGCGAGAACGAUGAAGGAUACGAGAAUGAGAAUGAAAUCGCCGCGUACACUGCCAGGACACGCCAAAAGGGAGGAGGAGGCGUAACAAAACUUCGAGCUCCUAUCCCCUUUGAACUUGAUAGGACUGUUGUAUCACGUUCAAAAGCUCGAAGUGGUACAGUCAGCUCAACAGCUUCAAGUAUCGCAAGUAGAGAUCAUUCGAUGACAUCUUGGUCGCCUUUUGCACCAUCAGAAGAAAAGAUCGACAUGACUGAACCCAACGCCAAAUCAAACAAUUCGAUACAUACGCCACAAUUAAAAGGUAUGGAUAGCGCCGACGUAAGUGCAGAAUUGAUCACGAGACCAACCACGAAUGACGAAGAGGAUGUAGAAACGAUGUCCAAUUUUGAGGGCGCAAUAGGCGACAUCAGCCUCGAGGCAGGCGCAUUGGACUCGGCUUUCCAAACUCUUACACGCAUUCAACGAAAAGAUGUAGCGGCGACCGUAAAUGCACAUAAUCGGAUCUCUUCUUUAUCAUCCAUCAGUCCAUUACUUUCAACUACGAGUAAAACUACAUUGACAGGUUCACCAGUUUCACCACCAAGAAGAAAGAGUACGUUUGAUCAUCAGACAAGAAAGAUGUCUAUCGGAGGUUGGUAUACACCAAAUGAAUCGCCUACGCAAACCAAUGAUUCUUGGAUGCAAUGGGGCACGAAUAAGAUCAAGGCAACUAUGCCUCGCGGAAUAGCAUCUGCUCUUUUCGCAGUCGUGGGUGAUCCUGAUGGAAGAGAUGAGCAAGGCAUAUUGCGAAAGUCCACUACGAUCGAUGAGGAUCCAAACGGUGCAGAAUUCAGCGAUGAUGAAGGUCCAAAUGAAGAAUAUGGAAAGAUUCUCGUUCAAGAUUGUGUUGAUGUGAUUUGUGAAGAGAGCAAUGGUUUAUUAUCGCUGGAAGGGAUCUUUCGCAUCUCUCCCUCGAAAGCAUUGUUGAGAUCCACAAAAGCAUCUUAUCUCAAAGGUCAAAGGCCGGAACUAGCACAAUUGUGCAAACGCGAUCCACAUUUACCUGCCGCGCUUCUGAAAGAUUACCUUCGAUCGCUUCGGCCACCAAUCUUUCCUGAAUCGAUGUACGAAUUCAUCAGCGCAUGUCCUUCAGAUUCAAAGACACGCAUCACAUAUAUUCGUGAUGAAUUGCUGUCAAAGCUAGAGCCAAAUCGAAUAUCUCUUUUGAAGGAAACCUUUAAAUGUGCCAAUAUGGUCAGUCAGCAUAGUUCGGAAAAUCGAAUGGAUUCUUCUAAUCUCACCGUCGUUCUUACGCCUAAUUUGAUACACGGUCAGAAUAUCUUGCAAGAUAUAGCGUUAUGCUCUGUUGGUAAAAUAGAUCAGGCAGAGGAGGAAGAUGGUGGUGAUUCGGAGAAGAAAAAUAGCGGAACUUUGGGUGGGAUUGUGAAAGUGUGUAUUGAGAAUUACGAUGAAAUUUUCAAGCAAGACGAACAGGAAGAAGGGCAUAAUCAAGAGCAAAAAGGGAAAGAUGCUGAAUGA